AUGGGUUACUCUGAUCUCGAUUGGAAGGCCAUCAACACCAUCCGACUGCUUGCGGUCGAUGCCACCCUCAAGGCCAACAGUGGCCACCCGGGUGCUCCUAUGGGCAUGGCCCCGGUGGCCCACGUUCUUUUCAACAAGUUCAUGACCUUCAAUCCCAAAAACCCCGACUACGUCAACCGCGAUCGAUUUGUCCUAUCGAAUGGUCACGGCUGUAUGCUCCAAUAUGCCCUCCUCCAUCUGUUCGGCUAUGCCGUCUCAAUGGACGACCUGAAACACUUCCGACAAAUUGACAGCAUCACCCCCGGCCAUCCUGAAGCCCAUGACACUCCUGGCAUUGAAGUGACCACCGGUCCUCUGGGCCAGGGUUUUAGCAAUGCCGUUGGUCUGGCGAUUGCUCAAGCUCAUACCGGCGCUGUUUUCAACAAGCCUGGUUAUGACCUGCUCAACAACUACACCUAUUGCUUUUUCGGUGAUGGCUGCGCCAUGGAAGGUGUUGCAAGCGAAGCUGCCUCCGUCGCUGGACAUUUGCAGCUGGGCAACCUGAUUUGCAUCUACGACGAUAACCAUAUUUCCAUUGAUGGUGACACCAAAGUCGCCUUCACGGAGGACGUUUCCAAGCGAUUUGAGGCCUACGGCUGGCAUGUUCAGCAUGUCAAGGACGGCGAUCACGACCUUGAUGGUAUUGAAGCUGCCAUCAAGAAGGCCCAAGAGGUCAAAAACAAGCCUUCCAUGAUCAAGCUUACUACCACCAUCGGUUUCGGCUCCAAGCUGCAAGGCACAGGUGGCGUGCACGGCAACCCCCUCAAGGCCGAUGAUGCCGCGCAAGUCAAGAAGAAGUUUGGCUUCAAUCCUGAGGAAUCGUUCGUGGUUCCCCAGGAAGUGUACGAUUUGUACAACAAGCACGCCGCUGAGGGUGCCGCAGCCGAGCAGGCUUGGAACGAUCUGUUCAAGAAAUAUUCAAGCGAGUUCCCAGAUUUGGCCAAAGACUUCUCCCGUCGUCUGUCCCGCAAGCUCCCCGAAGGAUGGGAGAAGAGCUUGCCAGUGUGGAAGCCGACCGAUGCUGCGGAAGCCACCCGCAAGACCUCUGAGAAGGUCCUAGAGAGCAUCCACGAAGCUGUCCCGGAGCUGUUGUCAGGCUCUGCAGAUUUGACAGGAAGCAACAACACCCGAUGGAAGAACGCCGUCGACUUCCAACCCCCGAGCCUGGGUAUUGGUGACUGGACUGGACGCUACCUUCGAUAUGGUGUUCGAGAGCAUGCGAUGGCCGCCAUCAUGAACGGUAUUUCUGCAUAUGGCACUCUUAUCCCAGCCGGCGGUACUUUCUUGAACUUUGUGUCAUAUGCUGCAGGAGCUGUCCGUCUGUCGUCGCUCUCGCACCAGCGAGUCAUCUAUGUCGCCACUCACGACUCCAUCGGUCUGGGUGAAGAUGGCCCUACUCACCAACCUAUCGAGACUUUGGUCCAUUUCCGAGCACUUCCCAAUAUGAUGGUGUGGAGGCCCGCCGACGGCAAUGAGACAUCGGCCGCAUACUACAUGGCUCUGACUUCGACCUCUACCCCUUCCAUCCUGGCCCUGACCCGACAAAACCUUCCCCAGUUGGAGAACUCGACAAUCGAAAACGCCAUCAAGGGCGGGUACGUUGCCAUCGAGGCUGACAACGCCGACAUCACUAUUGUUUCUACCGGGUCUGAGGUGGGAAUCUGUAUCGAUGCGAUCAAGGUCUUGAAGGACCAGCACGGACUCACUGCACGUGUUGUGUCGAUGCCAUGCACGGAAGUCUUUGAUGCCCAGCCCAAGGACUACCAGCUGAAGGUCAUUCCCGACGGCAUCCCAACCCUGUCUGUCGAAGUCAUGUCGACUCACGGAUGGGAGAAAUAUUCACAUGAGCAGUUUGGCCUCAACCGAUUCGGAGCUUCCGGCCCCUACAAGGAGGUCUACAAGAAAUUCGAGUUCACGCCCGAAGGCAUUUCCAAGCGUGCUGUUGCCACUGUCGAGUUCUACAAGGGCCUGAAACCCCGAUCACCCAUCAACCGUGCUUUCCAGCAAAUCAUCUAG